AUGUUCCUUGACACUUCGUGGACUAUAUAUGGUGACAGGAAGAUGAGACGUCUGGCACGGUCAUCAAGAAACGUGUUAUGGAUUUCGGUGCCAUUUUUGCCGCGUGUGCAUUCCUUCUCCUCUUCCUCGUCCUUCUACUGGGUUAUGUAUUAUAUAAGUGAUGCCCUGUUUAACUCCUCUUGCUUCUUUUGGGGCUCUGAUAGUGAGAGGUAA